UUUCAGCGGAACCGGAAGUGGCGGAUUCAUCGUCUGCUCAUCAAAACAACAACAUUUGUGUGUCCGGUCGUUUUCAGCGGAGAGCUGUAACAGUUCAGAGGGUUUAAGGGUCAGAAGAGCCGCAUGGAGCCGUAGAGAACCGAACCGAGCCGAGCCGAGCCGAGCCGAUCCGAUACUAUCUUUAGAUCUACUGUUAGCUUAGCCGGUUAGCUGAGCUCCUCUCCAUGGCGUCCUCGGCGGGACUCCCACCGCUCGGCCCGGACCGAGCCGCUUCAUCCUCCGGCUCUCAUUCCGGAGCCAGACCGCCUCUCCGGCCCCACCACCCCCACCCGGCUCACUCCACCCCGGGCUGCGUUAUGGUGGAGUCGGUGGACGACGCGGAGGGUCUGUACGUGGCGGUGGAGCGGUGUCCCCUAUGCAGCACCUCCCGCCGCAGGCUCACCUGUGCCCGGUGUGUCCAGGCCGGGGACUUCGUGUAUUUCGACGGGAGGAACACGGAGAGAUACAUAGAAAAGUUGGAGCGGCUGAAGAAGCUGAAGGAGGAGAAGGAGCAGCUGCAGCAGAGAGUGAUCCAGGCCAUGGACAAGAAGCUGCAGGCAGAUGAGAUGAAAUGGAAGGUCAUGUCGUGUAAGAUGAAGAUCGAGCAGCUGAAGGAGGCGGUGGCCUGGGGCAACGAGGAGGUGAAGAGCGAUAAAGAGCUCCUCCUGCGCUCUCAGGAGGAGAGUCAGCGGCUGCAGCGUCGAGCCGGACGUCACCAGGAGAAACGGGACAAAAUCGAGCGUCACAACCGUCGUCUGGGCGAACUGCUGGAGAGACGCAGCCGAGAGGUGCAGAGCAGACUGAGUCAGCUGGCUGCUCUGAGACGAGAGCACAUCCUGGAGCUCACUACACACAUCUUCCCCACACAGGAGGAGAAACAGGGCAGCAGAGACCCUGCGGAUGUGGUGGCGGAGUGUGACCCGGCGCUGACCUCCAGCACGGUGAGCGAGCUGGCCGAGGCUCGGAGGACGACCUACCUGUCAGGGCGCUGGAUCUGGGACGACCAGAACGGAGAGACCAGCAUCAGCAUCACGGGCCCCUCCGUCACUCUGCCCAGCAAUGGAGACUGCUCCGCCUACUACAGCUGGGUGGAGGAGAAGAGCACCAAUCAGGGCCCAGAGCUGGACCACAUUAACCCGGCUCACACCAUCAGUGCCGCUCUCUGCUACGCCACACAGCUCGUCACCAUCCUGUCUCACAUCCUGGACGUCAACCUGCCCAAAAAACUCUGCAACAGUGAGUUCUGUGGAGAGAACCUGAGCAGGUACCGCUUCACCAGAGCUCUGAGCAAACUCAACACCAACAUCCUCCACCUCUGCUUCUCACAGCAUGUCGACAGUGAGAAGCUCCACCCUCAUCACACUCUGAGGAACAUCAUGUUUCUGGUUUCCCCCGACAACGACAACCUGGGCAGGACGGGGCCGUUCGAGGUGAGUGCUGACCUGGAGGAGUCGAUGGAGUUUGUGGAGCCGGAAGCGGCAGGGCCGGCAGAGGAGAGCGGGGACGAGGCGGUGACAGACGAGGAGACAGACCUGGGGACAGACUGGGAGACGGUGCCCAGUCCACGAUUCUGUGACAUCCCAUCACAGUCCAUGGAUCUUUCCCAGAGUGCUUUGCAGGUGUCCCAGCCCUCUGCUAACACCGGUGGGAUGAUCUCGUCUGCUGCUGCAUCCGUCACCUCCUGGUUCAGAGCCUACACCGGCCAGCGCUGACCACUCCGGACUCAACCGGACCGAACUGGACCUUCCAACAUGGACCGACCUGGUUCAGAUCUGGACUCCUGGAGGUCUCAGACUUUGGGCUGGUUUGGAACUCAGUGGACUGGGGUCAGAGGUCAGCUGGUAGAAAGCUCUGAACAACACAAGUCAGACUGUGACAUUUCUGUUUCUGAAACACUGAAGGACUUGAUUCUGUAUAAAACAGCUUCAGUCUGUGUGGAAACAUGUGAUGACUGGUUGAUGAGACAGUGAACACAUCGUUGAUGUUCAGUCUGAGCUGCACAUUAUUGAUCUGCUCUGACUCUGAUCUUCUCCUGAGAUGACAUCUCGCUCUGUGGGAGCAGCCACUGUCUGGUUGUUCACUGUUGUGACUGAGUGGAGCGUCUUCCCAGAGGAUCUCUGGUCGAGUUCAGACAGAUGAGGAGCUGCUACCUGCAGGUUUCUGCUCUCAGCUCUGAUGUCAGCACUGAGCAUUAACAAACAUCUGCUCAUGAACCAGUUAUUACAUGUCAGUCAGUUUAUCUGCAGAUUAUUUUUGGACUCAUUAAAGAAGGAAACAGUGAGUAAACGGUGAUGUCUUCAGACUCAGACAGAGAAGAAUCAGAUCUCCUCGUUGGAACCAGCAAAGUUUUUUAAAUCCACUGAAACGGGGAUUUUUUGUCGGUUAUUUCACAGUUGCAGCCGGACUCUGCUCCUCAGUCUCUGCUUUUAUUUCCUCUUCUGUUAGUUUGUGUCGCUCUAUGACAACAGUAAAAAACUGAUGAUCAGACAAACAAACAGUGGUUACCAUGGUGAUGACACACUGUUUACACGCCUCAGUGGAACCAAAUGUGGAGAGAAUCCAACACAACAAGAGGCUGAGUGUUCACACCGUUAAAACCAGAGUGAGUCUGGUUCAGUCUGAAUGAAGAAGAUUUAGUUUAAAUAAAAAUCUGAUGUUUUAUCUUCAGGAUCCUGAGACUGAAGCUGAAUGACUCUCUGAGGACUGAUCCUGGAUCAGGUCUGACGUGUUUCCUCCUGUUUAGGUGUUUGAACGUCUGAAAGUUAAAAUAAAAUCUGUUUUCUGGUUUUGGACACUGAA